UUGUCCCAUCAAAGCUGCGUCUUUCCCUCGUCACAAUCGAAUCCACCCGCAUUGACAUCCGACAAUGUCUGACAACGUAUCAUCCUCAGGGGCCGGGUUUGCAUGUCCCCGCUGUAGCAAGACGUACAAGCGACGAGAACACCUCCAGCGCCACGCUGCAUCCCACACUAGCCUCCGACCUCACAGAUGUAGCUUCUGUGGCCAAUCAUACCAACGAGCGGAUGUACUCAAGCGACAUGCUCUAGCCUGCCAGACCAAAGUCAGGACCGGGGAGAUAUCGGCUACAGCGUCCAGCAGCCGACGAGCAUGCGACCUCUGCGUUCAGCAGAAGAAGGCCUGUAGCACUGGCCAGCCAUGCGAACAUUGCCGUCGGAAGUCGGUCCAAUGCAUUUACUCCUUCAGUAACGGUGUAGUAACAGAGAGCAACUUGCUCGUAGGCCAGGAUGAGAAGCAAUAUGAUGACGAAACCAACCUGCCGACCGUGGUGUUUGGAGAUGACACGCUAUUCGACUAUUUUGGCAACUAUACUUCAGUCUCUGAUAUGCUCCAAGGAUCAGAUAACAAUCAAGACUGGUUGGACUUCAUCAACCUCGCCGCCGGUCAUUUUCAGAUAAUACCGACCAGUCCCCAAACGCACCUAGACAAUUACACCUUUCACUUUCUCGACAAUUUCACGAGAAGAUCUGGGCUGGUGGGCUCAUUUGACUGCGGGACAUUUGAACAGCGAGUGCAGGUUGAGGCAUCUCACCGACCAGGCGAAGGCCAGGGUUGCCUUACUACGGAAUUAGACGAGCUUGUACACCUCAAUGGCUCAUCAAGGGAUCUUCCGCGACCGCAACCAUUAGAUCUCCAUGACCCUCUCAUCAUCCAAACUCACCAAAUACUUCUAGACAUCAAAGAAGUCGUUACCGUCAAACCUCGAAACAGCGUCGUCGAGCUAGAAUGGUCGACGGUCCUAGAACAGACCUGUAUCCAAUUCUUUUCUCCGCAUAAUUUACGGAAAUAUCUUUCCCUCUUCUGGCAUAUAUGGAACCCUAACGUCAACUUCGUGCACCGGCCUACUUUUGACCCAGUGACCUCGAAGUCAAUCCUUGUGGCUUGCAUGGCAUUGAUAGGUGCGAGUGUAUCGCCUAGCAAGACUGAUAACGAACAAGCGAAGAUCUGGUUCAACUGUGUCGAAGAAAUCGUCUUUACUGAUGACGACUUUUGCAACGACCCGCUAAACAACCAGGACACCCUGUUGCUGAAUCCGGUCCAAAACAUUUCGAAGAUCCAAGCCCUGCAGGCAGCAUACAUGGUUUGUCUCUACCAGGGAUGGGAGGGAACAGAGGCAAACAAACGACGAAUCCGUCGAUACCGGUUCAGUACUGUCAUAUCUAUGGCAAGAGACUUUGGUAUUAUGUCUGCCAGGCACCCGGAUUACUCUACGUGCCUAUAUGACAGAUUUGAUUGGAGAGACUUUGCUGCACGAGAGCAACUUAUACGUAUCUUUCUCUGGAUAUAUCUCCUGGACCAUGCAUUCGUGAUCUUCAACAACCUACCUCCCAGGAUGGUCAUCAAAGAAAUGAGCAUGCAUAUGGCAUUUCCUGAAGCAGCCUUCCAAGCCAGCACAUCAACAGAAUGCGCUCGAGAACUACAAAACUGGCACUUACGAUCCACGCUGAUACGAAACAUAACCUUUCGUGAGGUUGUUGAGAGCUUUUGUGGAAGAUCUUUCUCGAAUGACAUGCGACGGCUCUUCGCUGAUCUUGGUCCCCUUAACCUCUUCGCGGUUGUAUCAGCCUUCCAUGCACUGAUAUUUCAACACCAAAACUCCUUUGGUGGCCAUGAUCAACUACAGGCAGUUCGCAACGCUCUCGAUAAUUGGAAAUCAGCUUGGGAAACAUACUCAGAUGAAUUCUCAUUCUCACCGCCGCAUGUCAUGGUUGACAGACAUAAUGUGGCAACGGAGAAUCUAUGGAGGAGGGUAGGCUUUAUGCGGCAUUCUCCAGAAUAUUGGCUCCUGGGGAAACUGCUGGUUGAUCGCCUUUCAAGUGAUUCAUUCGGAAGUCCUCAGUCUACGGUGCCUGAUGCGAGCGGUUCAGCACACGAACCGAUUCUCACGAGAUAUGAUCAAACGAGUAUGCUUCAAGUCAAUGACUUGAUCACAGGGUUUCAGAAUGUACAUAUUCACUAGGCGAGCUGUCGAUUAGAACCUUCUCGUCAUCCCAGAACUAUUUUAUUGCUUCCACUACCG